AACCCAGAAACCAUGGUCCUAAAAAUGGAGCCACCGUCUAAACAACCGCCGGGGACCGAAAAGGUAACCUCUCUCCCGCUUCCUCCCCCUUCUUCCAAUCAUUCCCCCCUUCCCUGCGCGCGCGCGCGCGCCCGUCAGCCCGCCCGCCUCCUCUCCGCGCCGCGGAUGCGCGCCAUGGCCGACGCCGGCGAGCCCCCUCCCAACCUCUGCCCCCUCUGCGGGCACCCCACCAGCGCCACCUCAACCUCUGGCUCGGCGUCGCCCCCAUCGGCGGCGGCCGCGGCCGCAAGGCAGCAGCCGCUGAUGAUGAUGAGGAAGCCGCCGCCGGAGGCGCCCCCCGCCGUGGUGCGGGUGGAGAUCGGGGACGAGGCGGCGGCGCUGCGGGAGGCGCUGGCGCGGCAGCAGGCGGCGCUCGGGGAGCUGCAGGCCGAGCUGGACGCCGAGCGCGGCGCCGCGGCGGGCGCCGCCAGCGAGGCCAUGACCAUGAUCCUGCGCCUGCAGCGGGAGAAGGCCGAGGCCAUGAUGGAGGCGCGCCAGUUCCGGCGCUACGCCGAGGAGAAGAUGUCCCACGACGCCGCCGAGCUCGCGUCCCUCGAGGAGGCUAUCGCCAAGCGCGACGCCACCGCCGCCGCAACCGCGAUGCGCGGCGUCCCGUCCCAGUCUCGCCUCGGGGGCGGCACCCCGCGGUGCGGCCUCUCGAUCCCUUCCUCCCCGCGCGUCUCCUCCACGCCACGCCACGCUUCUUCCACGCCGUCUUCUUCCGUGGCUGCCGCUGCCGCCGCGGCAGCAUCCGGCGGUUACUACCCGGCCCUGCGGUGCUUCAACGACAUGCAGCAGCACCCGCCGACGGCGUCCGAGGCGGACGCCCUCGACGUGCAGACCCCGCGCGACCACCUUGCGCGCCUCUCCCACCGCGUCAACAUGCUCGAGCGCCGCGCCGUGGCCGCGCCUCAACCGUCCAUCACCACGCCCAUCAUCCGCGUCGCGCCGGGCUCCGCCUUCCAGCAGCGCAACCCUCGCGCCUUCUCCGACGCCGACAGCCUCGACUUGUGCGACGGGGAGUUCUUCCCGGACGACGUCGACUGCGGCGCCAGCGACCGGGUGUACACUGUCGACGCCAUCCACGGCCGAGGCGGCGGCGUGGCCAUGGCCGUGCCCGAGGGGUCCUACUGCGGCGGCACCCCGGUCGGGAGCGUCAGCGACUGCUGCGGCGGCGGCGCGCCGUGGGGUGAGGACGAGGAGAUGCGCCGCCUCAGCGCGCGUCUCCGGGCGCUCGAGGCGGACCGGGAGAACAUGCGGCAGGCCAUCCUCUCCAUGGGCGCCGAGAAGGCGCAGGUCGUGCUGCUCAAGGAGAUCGCGCAGCAGCUCUGCAAGGACGGCCCGCCAACGUCGUCCCUGCCGACCGUCACCGUGGGGCAACAUUACUACAAGGGGGCAGCGCCGGCGCCGGCCAUGACCGUCACCGUGCCACGGCCGCAGCGACCCAUGGUUAUGCACAGGAUGGAACUCAAGAGCCAGCCCAAGACGUCUCUCUUUGCCACUGUGGUCAAGUGGGUUGCAUCGAUCGUCUGGUGGCGAAGGAAAUCAGCCCGCAUCAAGCACCCCAUUGGCCAGUGCGGCAACAACGUCGGGCUGCUGCUGCUGCUCGACAAGUCCUUCAAGGCUGCAGGGAACGGACGUCAGAAACCUCCCAAGAGGGUUUAGAUGCCACCCGUCGUGAGUAUAAUACGGCUGUCUUGUCUGAAAAAAGGUGGCUUCUCGCAUUUGUUGUCUCAGCGCCGUUCUCCCGCUGAUCAUGUGGCAAUGUAGCUUACAACUGGGAGCCAUAUUGUUGUUUUCUGUGUUGUUUUCACUGUCCCUGCGGUUCUUAAUACGUGCUUUGAUGUUCUUUUGGCUUUGCACCUUCAGUACGAAACUGAUGCAUUGUACAGAGUAGGUAACCAGUGGAGCAUUGUAGUACAUGGUAUUCAUCAAGAAUGCACAAGAGUUAAAGGGCA